CAAACCAAAAUCCCAAAUCUAGGGUUUUCAUGUUCUUCUUCAAACCUUUCACAUUUGCCAUGGGAGACAGGGGAGGGUAAAGGGUUAUUAGUAGAAUAGUGAGAGUAAUAGUAGCAGUGUGAAAGGUGCAAUAAGGUAUCUUGGUUGUCUUGUACCAACCCGUUUGGCUGUUCUUAAAUUUUGUGGGUUUUGGUUGGUGGGUUGAGUUGAUUUUCUUUUCUUUUCUUUUUAUUUAUGAAGUAUUAGUAGAACGUGGUCCAAACACGGUGCAACUCAAGUGAAUGCUGAUACGAGUAAUUUUAUGGUGGUAGACAUGGAUUAGAAUAUGAGAUGGAAAUAUUUCUCCCUACUAGUUUAUGGUGCUUUGUUACUUAGUCCCCAGUAGUGUGUCUGGGUGUCUGUGUGUGAACUUUGAUGUCAAAGGAAAGAUGAGAUCAUGAUGGAGAAAAUCUAGGCAAAUACCAUUUUGAAAACGAUAGCAGAAGAUUUUGGCCUUUUCGGUGAGAAAGUUUGAGUCUUUCUUAAGCAUCAAAAGAAAGAAAAAGAAAAAGGAAGUUUUCUUUCUUUCUUUCUUCUUCUUAUUUUCAUUGUCAAUCGCACCCGUUUCCUUUCAUGAGUUUUGGGGGUUUCAUUGGCGGUGGUAGUAGCGGUGGUGGUGGUGGGGAUGCCGGAUUAAUGAUGGCUGAUAAUCUGUACAGCACCAUUCCCACUUCUGCUUUGGCACACACUCAGCCGCAUAUGGUCUCUCCUCCUCCUAUGGUCCAGCCUAUAUUCAACUCCUCGCCUCUCUCCCUUGCCGUUAAACCCAAGAUGGAGGGUGCUGGAGACAUGGGUUUGAUCGGGGAAAAUUUUGGACCUGGAGAUGCGGACAAGUCCAAGGAGGAGGAGUAUGAGAGCAGGUCUGGGAGUGACAACAUUGAAGGGGCAUCAGGAGAUGAUCAGGACACCCAGGGAGACAAAGCAUCAUCAUCUGGGAGAAAGAAAUAUCAUAGGCACACUCCAUUUCAAAUUCAAGAGCUGGAAGCUUCCUUUAAGGAGAAUCCCCAUCCUGAUGAGAAGGCGAGGUUGGAACUUGGCAGGAGACUGAACUUGGAAAGCAAGCAGGUGAAGUUUUGGUUUCAGAAUAGAAGAACCCAGAUGAAGACUCAAAUGGAACGCCAUGAGAAUAACAUGCUGAAGCAAGAAAAUGACAAGCUUCGAAUUGAAAAUAUUGCAAUGAAAGAAGCUAUGAGGAAUCCAGUUUGCAGCAAUUGUGGUGGCGCAGCAGCUCUUGGAGAGAUUUCUAUCGAGGAGCACCAUCUUAGGAUUGAAAAUGCUCGUCUGAGAGAUGAACUUAGUCGAAUUUGUGGCCUGGCAAACAAAUUUUUGGGUAGGCCAUUGUCAUCCUUGGCCAGUCCUAUAGCCCCAGGCAACUCUGAUUUGGAGCUUGCGGUAGGAAGAAAUGCCUUUGCAGCCUUAAGUUCAGUUGGCACUCCAGUGCCGAUGGGCCUUGAUUUUACUAGUGCAGUUACCAAUCCUUUGCCUAUCCUACCUACCAUCAGAUCUUCUAUGGGCAUGACGAGUUUUGAUGUGUCAAUUGACAAAUCUAUGUACCUGGAGCUUGCUGUGGCAGCAAUGGAUGAACUCUUAAAGCUGGCUCAAAUUGAUAACCCCCUCUGGUUUAGAAGCUUGGAUGGAUUCAGUGAAACAUUAAACCUUGAGGAAUACAACAGAGUAUUUCCUCCUUGUGUCGGCACGAAACCUAGUAAUUUCGUAACAGAAGCAACAAAGGCAACUGGAACCGUAAUUAUUAACAGCACAUCUCUUGUGGAAAUAUUAAUGGACCCGAACCGGUGGACCGAGCUCUUUUCAUGUAUGAUUGGGAGAGCCUCUACUAUUGAUGUGGUUACGGAUGGCACGGGGGGAACAAGAAAUGGUGCUUUGCAACUGAUGCAUGCUGAGUUCCAAGUUCUUUCACCUUUGGUCCCUGUUCGUGAAGUGAAGUUUCUCCGGUUUUGCAAGCAGCAUGCUGAGGGUUUUUGGGCUGUGGUUGAUGUGUCUGUUGAUUCCAUCAGAGGAGGGCCAAGUGCACAAAUAUUUUCUGAUUGCAGAAGGCUCCCCUCUGGCUGCAUUGUGCAAGAUAUGCCAAAUGGUUAUGCCAAGGUCAUCUGGGUUGAACACAUGGAAUAUGAUGAUAGUAAUGUUCACCAAUCUUACCGGCCCUUACUUAGGUCAGGCUUGGGCUUUGGUGCACAAAAGUGGGUUGCCACCCUUGAGAGACAAUGUGAGUGCCUGGCAGUCAUAACGUCUUCAACCGUCCCCGGUGGAGAUCAUGGAGUAAUUAGUCCAAGUGGUAGGAGGAGCAUUGCAAAGCUUGCACAACGCAUGACUCAUAACUUCUGUGCUGGCGUGUGCGCAACAGUCUACAAAUGGGAGGUUGUCCAAGUUGGAAAUGCAGAUGAAGCAAAAUUGGUAAUGCGGAAGAGCAUGGGCAACCCAGGUGAGCCUCCUGGUGUCGUGUUGAGUGCCACAUCUACCGUUUGGAUGCCCGUGUCUGAGCAGCGUCUCUUUGACUUCCUACGGAAUGAACAGACGAGGUCCCAGUGGGAUGUCUUAUCCCAUGAUGGUGCUAUGCAACAGAUGUUUCACAUAGCUAAAGGCCAGGAUCUUGGCAACAGCAUCUCUCUUCUUCGUUCAAGUGCUACGUCUCCAAAUUCGAAUCAAAAUGGCAUGCUGAUCUUGCAAGAGACAUCCACAGACGUGUCGGGAUCUCUGAUAGUAUAUGCCGCGGUUGACAUACCGGCAAUGAAUGUGGUGAUGAGCGGGGGGGACUCUUCUUGCGUGGUUUUGCUGCCAUCAGGUUUUUCAGUAGUUCCAGAUUGUUACCCUGACUCAGCCGGGCCUAAUAGCUCCAGUGGAAAUUUUGCGAAAGAAGCUACUGCUGGUGGCGGUAGCAACGGUUGUUUGCUGACAGUUGGGUUCCAAAUAUUGGUGAACAGCUUGCCAGCAUCCAAGCUGACUUUGGAAUCCAUCGAUACCGUGAAUGCCCUGAUUGGUCGCACUCUUCAAGGUAUCAGAUCUGCACUCGAGUGCAGUUGACUCGGCCAGCGAAAUGUGCGAGUGCUGCAUGGUGUAAAAGCAUAAUUAAAUAGCCAUUUUCUUUUUUAAUGGGGUUGUCUCUCUUAUUGGGUGAUAAUGAAAAGAUUUGUUUAUUUAAACGAGAGUGGGGUUAGGGUGUUGAUUAGAAUUGGCACAAAAAGAAAGGGGGGUUCGAGUCAAGAGCGAACCUUGGUAAAUCUUGACUGGUUUUCUUGAGAUAGUAUUUUGUUUCAAUGGCUAAAGAUAGAAUGGCGUCGUCUCCGUGGUGGACGGUGGUUCGGGUAUUGACUCGGAUGGCCUAUUGAAAUACUAAAGUCAGCUCUCUCCCUGUCUCUUUGUAUUUGUCAGUGGUGCAUGUUAGUUUGUUGAAUAGGGUUACAUUACAUUACAUAUACAUAUACUGGCUGCAGAAUUGUCUUCUUUUGUUAUAUUGCAUGCACAUUUCUCAAACUUUUGGGGUAAUGAAUGAUAGAU